AUGUCAUCGUCGCAACCCUUCCAUCUGUCCUCGCCCACUGCCGGAGGAGGAGUGAGGAAAAAGUCACGCUUCACAUACAAGCAUCUACAGCUCCUGAAACAGUCGGCGACGAACUGCCCGUUGCGGGUGAUCGCGCUGAUCGACUACGAUGCGUUCUAUGCGCAGUGCGAGAUGGUGCGGCUGGGGGUGGGCGAGACGCAGCCGCUGGCGGUGCAGCAGUGGCAAGGGCUGAUCGCCAUCAACUACCCGGCGCGGGCGUUCGGGCUGAACCGCCACGUCACGGUGACGGAGGCCAAAACCAAGUGCCCGGAGCUGGUGGUGCAGCACGUGGCGACGUGGCGCGAGGGCGACGACAAGUGGGCGUACCGCGCCGACGCGGCCCAGCACAUCCAGACCGACAAGGUGUCGCUGGACCCGUACCGGCUCGAGUCGCGCAAGAGUCUGGCCCUGGUCAAGGAGAUCCUGCCGGCCCCGCCCGUCCAGAAGGUCGAGAAGGCCAGCAUCGACGAGGUCUUCUUGGACCUGUCCGCCCAGAUCCAUCACCUCUUGCUGCAGCGCUACCCGGAGCUUCAGUACGCCCCCUACGACGACCCCACCGAGCUGCUGCCCCUGCCGCCCUCCAGUGCGCUCGACUGGCACGCCGACGCCCUCGUCGAUCUCGACCACGUCGAGGCCGAGGACGACGACCCGGACUGGGACGAUGUCGCCAUGAACGUCGGCGCCGAGAUUGUGCGCCAUGUCCGCCACACCAUCUACGAGAGGCUCAAGUAUACCUGCUCCGCCGGCAUCGCCCGUAACAAGAUGAUGGCCAAGCUGGGCGCCGGGUACAAGAAGCCCAAUCAGCAGACCAUCGUGCGGAAUCGCGCCGUCCAGCACUUCCUGUCAGGCUUCAAGUUCACCAAGAUUCGCAAUCUAGGCGGGAAGUUGGGCGAACACGUGGUCGACACCUUUGGCACCGACGAAGUCACCGAGCUGCUCACCAUACCUCUUGAACAGCUGAAGGCGAAGUUGGGCGAUGACACGGGCAGCUGGCUCUACGGCAUCAUCCGUGGUGAGGACAACAGUGAGGUCAAUUCACGCACACAGAUCAAGUCGAUGUUGUCGGCAAAGUCAUUCCGGCCGAGCAUCAACAACACGGAUCAGGCAAAUAAAUGGUUACGUAUUUUCGCCGCAGAUAUCUAUGCCCGCCUCGUCGAGGAGGGCGUGACCGAAAACAAGAGAAGACCAAAGACCGUCACCCUCCAUCACCGCCAGGGCGGACAGACCCGAUCCAAGCAAUUGCCUAUCCCACAGGGCAGGAAGAUUGACGAGACCGUGCUGUUUGAGCUCGCCAAAACUCUGCUAGGCCAGGUCAUUGUGGAUGGCAGAGCGUGGCCCUGUGCGAAUCUAUCUUUGAGCGUAGGCGGCUUUGAGGACGGUGUGUCGGGAAAUAGAGGUAUCGAUACCUUCCUCCUGAAGGGAGACGAAGCCAGAGCUGCCAUGGAGCCACCACCUCGGAGCAACACCGCCACACCCAAUUCCGAAGACCCUCGACCAGAAAAGCGCCGAAGGCUCAAUGAAGCAUCCAGCAUUGCUCGGUUUUUUGCCCGGGCCGAGAGUAGCGGCGACCCGGCGGAUGAGCUAGCAGACGACGGGCAUGACGACCCGAGUGAAGAGGGAGAGGUCGAAAAUACGCAAGACGGCCCUCACAGACCGCGUCACAUGGAUCAGCAAGAUAUUACUUCAUACUUUUGCCAGGAAUGUCAGCAGUCCCUCAAGGAGACGGAUAGAAACGAACACGAAGACUGGCACCUUGCCAGAGAACUUCAAGCUCAAGAGGCGCCCGCUGUCACGGGCCCAGCAAACAGUCGUCCACCUGGGCAUUCAGUUACCAAACCAAAACGCGGAGGAAUCGGCACGCGAGGACGAGGUCCGAAGCCCGAGAAAGGGCAGAGUCGUCUUGCUUUUGGAUGA